GAGCACGACAAUGUGAAUGCAAGGAGACUUAAUUAAUUACUGUACCUUGCACAUCACUGAAGCCAUUUGUACUCCAUKUUUGUUGCCUAUCAGGAGUACGAAACAAUCAGCAGAUUUGAAUAAGGAUUUGGAAAAAGGAUUUAUUUUCCAUAGAGCGACAGAAGCAAAGCGGGGAUUUGAAGUUUCAAAAAAAAAAACCAAUUGACCCAGAUAUUGACCUCAUUCGUCAGUGAGGACAGCGGUAUUGGCUUUUAUCCUUCGAUUCAAAGCCAACCGUCAACAUUUGAAAAUCGAAGUAUAAGGUCUCACAGACAAAACAUGGAAUCUUCACUGAAUGCUCGCCUGACCUUUGAGCAGGUACGGGCCAGUGGAGAACCAUGUCGACCACUAGAGUUUCCACCCCCACAAGUGGGUAAAGGGAUUCGUGUGAGAGCUUUAGUGAUCGAUUCAAAUACGGGUGAACGAAGAGGAUGGUCAAUUAUUCACCGAGAAGAUUUUGGAAUUUCUAGUAAAAUUGCGAAUGGCCACUGUGAACCGCAGUUUGUCGCAUACGCACCUAGCAGACAACUGCAAACGGCAAUUUAUGGGUCGGUAUGGGCGUGCGUUGUUCUUAAACGUCACUAUGGCGUAGCAGCAAAUAAUGACGCAGCUAUAGCGGUUGGAAUUGAACCAGGAAGUCCAUGCGCCCCCAUUGUAUGGGAAACGACGAACAGAUUCGUUGCAAUAAAAAUGGUGGAGUGGGCUAAAGUACAACAAAGUCGUGGUGCCUUACUUGAAGACCCGAUAAAGGAAAUAGCAGCGAUGCAAUAUAUUGGAAAUACGAGUCCUCAUUUACUCGGACCGGUAGAAGCUUUGCAGGACAACGACUGUCUCUACAACAUUAUGCCGUACUGUAAUGGAGGUGAUUUGUUUGGUGUUGUCGUUAACUAUGCCCAAGAAAGCGGCGGAGAGAGGGGGAUGCCAGAGCCUGUUGCGAGGUAUUGGUUUCGACAAAUACUCAAGGUACGUGUCAUUCAAAGCUAUGUGGUAGGAAAUCGAAAUCUACGUUGGAAAAAGCAAUGUGAAUAGUUGACUGCAACCUUCGUUAUGAAUAGUAGGCAGGGACAAACAUAUUGCUGCGGAGUAUCAUUUUACUUUUCUCUUACAUGUAUCCUUCAUUUUAUUCUUACUUUUUUCACAGGGACUUUUCCAUCURCAAUCGGUUGGUGUCUGCCAUCGUGAUUUGUCGUUGGAAAAUAUCCUUGUCGAUAACGAAAAUUGUCUCAUAAUUGAUAUGGGCAUGUGCCUCCACGUGCCUUACAAUGAUCCAGCGAUCCCAGGUAAUGUGGUUGAUGCAAGGAGAGGAAGUACUCGUCGACUGAUGCGACCACAAGGAGUAUGCGGCAAACACAAUUAUAUGUCCCCAGAGGUCUAUGCAAAUACGGGGCCCUUCGAUGGUUUUGCAAUUGACCUCUGGUCAACUGCGGUAAUUCUUUACAUAAUGUUUACCGGCUUCCCUCCGUAUGAAAUGGCAGAUAUGAGAAACAAGCGCUUUGAGAUCAUUGCAAAAGGGCGCCUAGUUCAACAACUGGAAGAGUGGGAUGUCCAUCUUUCAGAAGAUGCAGGUGACUUACUCCAAAAUAUGAUGAAAGUUGAUCCGAGAGAAAGGCUUACUCUCGCCGAGGUAAUGUCUCACCCUUGGGUUGUCAAUGGUGAUGUACAACCACCUCCACCACGACAGUCAUUUCACUAGGCAAAUACGGGGAAUCUUCUCUACAGCAUGCUAAAUUGGAACCGUCGAAGACCAACUCGUGUCGAACUCGUCUCCCUUAGAGUAUAGGCCUCCMCCGCUACGGUGAUAUAGUAUACUUGAAAAGUUGGAUAAUGCGGGGAAUCUUCUCCAAAGCAUACUCAAUAAAACCCAAGAUAAAAGCGGACACUCGCUGUUGGUUAGGGUUGUAAAACUUCACCAUUGCAACCACAUCAAAGAUUCUGAAGAUCAUUUAUGUAGAUAAAGAGUGUUACACGGAACAGUAAUAGAAAAUAGGUUAACUAGAAAAUGUUUUGAAAAACACGUGGAAUCUACUAGUUAAUAAUUUGUAUUUCAAUGCAGUUCUUUCGAAGAAAAAAUAUUCAUUCGGAUAAAGAUCCUUUUCUCCGAUUUUUUGGAGCAGGGGAUGCUUGGUAGUCUAAGGUCGGUGCGAGUAGUCUUCAGCUGCUGUUGCGUCAGAGGCCCACUUGAUGCUGCCAUAGGUUAGCGCYAAAG